AUGGGGGGCAAGUCCGCUACCAAGGCCGCUUACUUCGAUAAGCUCAAGGCCCUUCUCGAUGAGUACAAGACUGUCUUCAUCGUCGGUGUCGACAAUGUCAGCUCUCAGCAGAUGCACGAGAUUCGUCUGAGUCUCCGUGGCGAGGGUGUUGUCCUGAUGGGCAAGAACACCAUGGUUCGCCGUGCCAUCAAGGGCUUCGUCACCGACAACCCGGAGUACGAGCGUCUGCUCCCCUUCGUUAAGGGUAACGUUGGUUUCAUCUUCACCAACGGUGACCUCAAGGCCACCAAGGAGAAGAUCCUUGCCAACCGUGUCGCUGCUCCCGCUCGUGCCGGUGCCGUCGCCCCUGGCGAUGUCUGGAUUCCCGCUGGUAACACCGGUAUGGAACCCGGUAAGACCUCUUUCUUCCAGGCUCUCGGUGUCCCCACCAAGAUUGCUCGUGGUACCAUUGAAAUUACCACCGACCUCAAGCUCGUUGAGGCUGGAUCCAAGGUCGGUCCCUCUGAGGCCACCCUGUUGAACAUGCUCAACAUCUCUCCCUUCACCUACGGUAUGAGCAUCGCCCAGGUCUACGACCAGGGUCAGUGCUUCGGCGCCGAUGUCCUCGACAUCGAGGAGUCUCAGCUCCUUGAGGCUUUCACCUCCGCCAUCAGCACCAUCACCACCAUCUCCCUGGCUGUCGGCUACCCCACCCUUCCCUCCGUUAUGCACUCCCUCAUCAACGGCUACAAGAAGGUUCUUGCCGUUGCUGUUGAGACUGAGUACAGCUGGCCCGAGAUUGAGGAGCUCAAGGACCGUAUCGCCAACCCUGACGCUUACGCUUCCGCCGCUCCCGCCGCCGCUGCCGCUGCCCCUGCUGCCGGUGCUCCCGCUGCUGAGGAGAAGGAGGAGGAGGCCGAGGAGUCCGAUGACGACAUGGGCUUCGGUCUGUUCGACUAA